CUUUUCCGCUUGUUUAAUGUUAGCCCCAGUGUAAAGAACCCCGUCGAUGUUGUAAACACGUCGAAAAGCCGACAGUAGGAAACCCAACUUAAAACUUGGAUCCUCUACAUUCACAUGUGAAACACCUGGAAGCAAGAGAAGAUAUAUACACCGCAACUAAGGCAAAGAAAGUACCCUUCUCCAAAAAGAAAUAAAAAUUUAAAAAUCUGUACAUGUGAUACACUUGAGAAUCAAAAUGGCUUCCUCGGAACAGCUUUCGCCAGAACAGUUGUCGACAGCGGCGGAGCGAGCGUCGCCCGCACAGCUGUCGUUUUCCUCCUCGCUGUCCUCCCCGCUGUCUCCUGGGCAACCGCCGCCAUUCUCGCCGGUCGACCCUCAGCUGUACGAGCGGGAUUACCCGCGGCUCAAGUCGUGGGGCGAGCUUCGACAGGCCGUCCGCAGCACGCGGCGCCUCCAGACCAACCUGGCAAACAGGGUGCCACACAACUUCACCUUCGCUAAGCUGGAGACGGAGCAAGGCACCAGAACGAGGCUGUACUUCCUGGGAGUUCCGGAGAACUUGAAAGAGAAUUCGCUGAUGUUCGUGGACGUCCCGAACGAUCAAAACGGCGAGGUCUCCAUGUUACCAUGGCAGCCACUCUUAGACUCCUUCCAUGCGACGCCGUACAUGUGUCAGUAUUCAAGAGAAGAGCAGCUGCUCCGAGAGCGAAAGCGGGUCUCGGCCUUCGGAAUCACGUCGUACGACGUCGACAUCGAACAUCGGCGCUUCCUCUUCCCAGCCAGCAACAGUCUCUACAUGUGCACCGACGACAACAUGACAGUCUCUACCAGCCCUUACCAGAAGCCUGUCAUCCGGGCUAGCUGGAGCUUUUAUGGCCAGAAAGAAGCCUGUGUUAGCCUACACCAGGAGCAGGCAGUGGUUCCAGAAGAAAUAAAGAGUCAGUGUACUGCAGCCCGGAUCGACCCUAAGAUGUGCCCCUGUAACAACAGUCUGGUGGGGUUUGUCUGCAGUGGGGACCUGUGGAUCACUAACCUGGGGGACGAGGAGGAGAGAAGACUCACUUUUGUACACAAAGGUCUGUCUAACCUAGCAGAAGAUCCCAAGACUGCAGGAGUGCCGUCUUUUGUGGUUCAGGAGGAGUUUGACAGAUACACAGGCUACUGGUGGAGCCCCACCUUUGAUCAAAAUAGCGAUGGCAGCAGAACGUACAGACUGAUGUAUGAGGAGGUUGAUGAAAGUGAAGUGGAGAUUUUACACAUCGUCUCCUCCACUAACAAUGAGAGGGGCGUGGACCACUUCAGGUACCCUCGAGCAGGUACGGCCAAUGCAACCAGCACUCUGAAGAUGCUAGAAAUAACAGUGGACUCCAGUGGAAAGAUCAAAGAUACGGUGGUUGAAAGACACCUACGAGAGCCUCUACAAGAACUGUUCCCUCACAUGGAGUACCUGGUCAGGGCAGACUGGCUACCCGACGGCAAAAAAGUGUGGGUUCAGCUGCUGAGUAGGAACCAGCAGUGGUUGAUUCUGGCGUUGCUCCCGCUGGAGUUUUUCUCGCCCACGACAUCAGACACCCCCACCAACAGUCACGGGGAGGCUGCCACACCGCCGGUCUACCUGCUACUGGAGGAGCAUAGUCGUAUAUGGGUUAAUAUACACGAGCUGAUCUACUUCUUCCCACAAACGAGGCCAGAUGAGGUCAGCUUCAUCUGGGCCAAUGAGGGGACAGGGUUCCGCCACCUGUACCACGUGACGGCGUCCUUAUCACCUGAGCAGGCGCAGAUGGGCAUGGAGGUGGAGACAGGUGGGGCAGGUGCUCAGGACAUCACACACAAAGCUGUGCAAAGAUGUGGACUGAGAGAGAUCAGACAACUGACAGGAGGACAGUGGGUAGUCAUAGGGAAACCAGACAUGCUAUGGGUGGAUGAGACAAGACAACUAGUAUAUUUCAUGGCAACCAAAGACACACCACUAGAAGAACACUUAUAUGUAGUAUCGUACAUGGAUCCAGGAGAACCAGUGAGACUGACAGAGCUGGGGUACUACCAUCAGGUCUGGAUGAGUCAGGACUGUAGUAUGUAUGUGUCGGUGUUCAGCAGUGUGGAUACUGGUCCAGCCUGCAUGGUCUACAGAGUAGCCAACCAGGCGUCUCGUCUCAUAGCCAAGCUGCUAGAACACCCAAUCCUUCCAGUAGACUACCACCCUCCAGAGUUGUUCCAGUACCGAAGCCUGUCGGGGUACGACCACUACGGGUACAUGUACAAACCUCACAACUGUGCUCCUGGCAGGAAGUACCCAACUCUGCUCUUUGUGUACGGCGGACCACAGGUCCAACUUGUAACCAAUUCCUUCAAGGGUAUCCGGUUCCUGAGACUACACACGCUGGCGUCGCUAGGGUACGCCGUCGUCGUGCUGGACGGUCGGGGCUCCAACCACCGCGGACUGCAGUUCGAAGGUCAUCUCCGGGGGCGAAUGGGUUCAGUUGAGAUAGAAGACCAGGUGGAAGGCCUCUAUUGGUUAGCUGAAAAUGUGGACUACAUUGACCUCAAUAGAGUCGCUAUCCAUGGCUGGUCGUAUGGUGGAUACCUGUCUCUGAUGGGGCUGGCACAGAGACCAGAUGUCUUCAAGGUAGCCAUAGCUGGAGCGCCUGUGACGUGUUGGUCUGCCUAUGACACUGGGUACACAGAGCGCUACAUGGGCACGCCCUCCGCUAAUGUGCAUGGAUACUCCGAGGGAUCCGUAUUGAGACACGCGUCACACUUUCCUGAAGAGGAGAACCGUCUGCUGAUUGUGCAUGGUCUUAUCGACGAGAACGUCCACUUCUACCACACCAGUAUACUCAUCAACGCACUGGUCAAGGCCUGUAAACCUUACCAACUACAGGUCUAUCCAAAUGAGCGACAUGGAAUCCGUCAGCAGGACACCUGUGAACACUACGAAACUAUGGUGCUGUCUUAUCUACAAAAACACUUAUAGGUCAAGAUGUAAGCUACAAAUAGGGAAAAUGUAAGAACUGCUCAGAAGUUAUAGACACAAGAACAAUACAUGAAUUUCUGUAAGAGUCUUACCUGUGAACUUUUGUCAGAUCAUUUUUUUUUUGUCACAUUGCUGGUUUUUCCCCUUGGCUUCGGGGAUGAAGUAGACACUAGAACUCGUGAAACUUUUGCGAUGGUUUUAAUUUUGCAGCGGUCUGUCCACCACAAACUCAUGACACCUACUGUACAAAAGAAUUGCUUCAACUGG